AUGCACGGCGUGGUCAAGUUUGACCCCCGCACUGGCAAGCAGUUCAAGGCCGGCCCCAGCAAGGCCGGCUCCUACACCAACUACUUUGCCGACAGCCUCACUGCCGAGGCGCAGCGCGACAGCCGCAUCGUCGCAGUGCAUGCAGCCAUGGCUGGCGGGACAGGCCUGUACCGCUUUGAGAAGCACUUCCCGGAGCGCACCUACGACGUGGGCAUUGCGGAGCAGCACGCCGUCACCUUUGCGGCCGGCCUGGCGUGCGAGGGCCUCGUGCCGUUCUGCACCAUCUACAGCACCUUCCUGCAGCGCGGGUACGACCAGGUCGUGCACGACGUGUCGCUGCAGAAGCUGCCAGUCCGCUUUGCCAUGGACCGCGCCGGCCUCGUGGGCGCGGACGGCAGCACGCACGCGGGCGCGUUUGACGUGACCUACAUGGCCUCCCUGCCGCACAUGGUGACCAUGGCCCCCUCCAACGAGGCCGAGCUCAUCAACAUGGUCGCCACCGCCGCCGCCAUCGACGACAUGCCCAGCUGCUUCCGCUUCCCCCGCGGCAACGGCCUGGGCGUAGACCUGGCGACGGAGGGCAUCGGCCCGGACCUCAAGGGGCGGCCCCUGGAGGUGGGGCGCGGCCUGGUGCGGCGCGAGGGCAAGGACGUGGCCAUCAUCGCGUACGGCAGCAGCGUCAACGACGCGCUCGUGGCUGCGGAGCUGCUGGCGCGCGGCGGCGUCAGCGCGACGGUGGUGGACGCGCGCUUCUGCAAGCCGCUGGACACGGACCUGCUGCGGCGCUGCGCGCGCGAGCACGCGGCGAUGGUGACUGUUGAGGAGGGCUCCAUCGGCGGGUUUGCGGCGCACGUGAUGCAGUUCCUGGCGCUGGACGGGCUGCUUGACGGCGGGCUGCGGUUCAGGCCGAUGACGCUGCCGGACCGCUACAUCGACCACGGCAAGUACGAGGACCAGCUGGCGGAGGCCGGCCUCACGCCCUCGCACAUCGCGGCCACCUGCCUGUCGGCGCUGGGGCGCCCCAAGGACGCCAACCUCACCCUCGCGGGCAUCUCGCCCUGA